GCGAAUUGUCGACUAUUUUCAGGCAGCCAUGCAUGUGGCCAAGUUUUGAAGGCGGGAAGCAGGAAAGUUUGAGGAAGACUGGAUAAAGAGAAGGGUGACCUGUGCUCCCUGGCGCCGAAAAAUGAUGGAAGCGGUGAAAAAUUGUGACAUUUGUCAAGAGAAACAGCACGCCCACCAGUGUAAGGACUGUGGAAAAGAUGAGUCUGACAUCUUACUGCUGUGUGAAGACUGCCACCAUGCAAUCCACAGAGGAAGGUUCUCAUCACACAAGGUGGAAAAGGCAGCUGGACAGGAAAUUCGGGACUUCUGUUCCAGUCUGGAUACCUUCAAGAGUAAAUCAAGUGAGUUGAAGAGAAGACUUGAAGAGGUGUGCAACUCAAAGAGGGACCUUCUUAAGUAUUCCCAGAUACACCAGUCCCAUAUCAAGGAGGUGGCAACUAAGUUGCAGCAGAAGAUCAAGUCUCAGGCUGAAGAUUUGUUAGGCCAGGUGCAGCAGGUAUCAGAGGAGAAGACUGGCCUGCUGGCAGAGUGUGAGGAGCUGUGUAGGAAUGUGAUGAUGCAACAUCAGACUCUGUGUAAAGAAGCUGAUGAAAUUCUUGGAAACCCCGAUGACAGCCUUCAGGACAAGACAGAGAAAGUAGCACAGUUCCAGGAAAAGCUGGAAAUUCCCCUACUGGCAGACUUGGAGACAAAGUUCCCAGACAUUCGCAUCCAUCUGAUGUGUGAUGUCAGCUCAGUCCUAACUGCCAUAAGUGACUGGCAGCUCACAGCUAUACCUGCACCACCUGAUGACCUAGCUGAGAUAAAUGUUGGAAGCUGUCAACAAAUCGAGACUGGAACACAGCAAUCAGUCUUUGUGGAGAGCAGGAUGUCUGCCAAGGGCAUCAUCUACAUUCGACAGGAACUGGAUGUACCGACCCGGGAGGUUCUGUCAGCGUUGUCUCUUCACAUCAGGAGAGCUGGUGUGCUUGGGGCCCUUGGAGACUGGAUGGGGGGCGAGGGCUCAGUGUGUGCUGUUAGACAUCCAGGGGACAUGAUGUGGUAUCGUGGACUUGUGGAAGAACUUAAGAAGGAUAAAGCACUUGUACGCCUUCUUGACUACGGUACCGUGGAGACCGUCCCUUUAGCCGACCUGGCAGAGCUGCCACCAACCCUGCCACAACUGCCAUUUCAGGCUGUGGCGUGCACUUUCUUCGAGGACGAGACAGAAGAGAUUCCUAGAGAGGCCCGAUGGCUCUUCUCGGACCUGUCAUCACACAAGGAGAUCACAUGUACUUUUGAGAGAGAGAUUAAAACAGACAUGCCGAUUACCUUGUGGAAGGUGGACCUACAAGAUGUGGAAGGGGGUGUGAACAUAGCUGAGAGAAUCAUUACUGCAGUGAAAGAAGAGGGAACAAAGGCAGAGAAAGUCUCUUGUCGGGACAUCAGACUGAAACAUAAUGCAGAAGACUUUGUUCCUGGAUCACUGACAGUCAUCCGGACCAACGCAGCAGACAAAGGUCCAUCACCAGAACCGGACAGGGGUGACAGCCAAGUAAAGGCUCCUGUGGAUGGUAGCAAUCAUGUUAUGAUCGAAUGUACUGGUGAGGAAGCUGUAUCAGCUUCUACAAGUUUGCCCCCACAAGUUGAAAUGAAGACUCCUUCAGAGACUGAGGACGGAAACAUCCUCUUAAAUCUGACCUCCGUGCAGGACACGUCAGAGGCAGUAACAGUCAGUGACUUUGACAAAGAUGUCAGAACCUGUGAUGAGGCCCAUGAUGGAAAGGUACUGUCAGCCACAAGACCUGGACUGCCACUGAAAGAGGGCGUAACACAGGGAGCAGACACAGCUGAGUCCUUGGUUUCCAACAAGCCAGUUUCAGGCGUGUUCCCAGGUACUAUACCCAGGAUCUUGGCAAGAGGAGAAACUUACGUCCCUCUUCAACCCACAUUGGAGAGUGUGAGGUCCAUGUCCUCAGAGUCUGCACCAGAUACAGCCUUCAGUAGUGAAGAGAAGGGUGCAGAUGCAAGGCCUACAUUCUCAGCUGCUCACAAUCAGUUUCAUCAAUCUACAAGGGAAGACAACAGAUUGUCUAGCUUUAGCCACAUGGCCACAACUGAAAGGAGUCAAUGUGGACAGUACACAGGUCUGCCCUUGUGGUGGGAAAAACUGAGGCACACCCAGCAAGGUGCCGAACAUGUGCAACCAUUCCCCAGGAUUCCAUGCCCUCAGCCCCCAAGCACCAUGUACCCACCACCAGAGCCUCAGCCCCCACGCACCAUGUACCCACCACUGGGCCCCCAGCCCCCACGUACCAUGUACCCACCACAGGGCCCCCAGCCCCCCCGCACCAUGUACCCACCACCAGACCCCCAGCCCCCACGCACCAUGUACCCACCACCAGGAAUACCCAUUGCUCCAGCCCCACCAGAGGGGUACUCCAUCAUGAACCGUCCAGGUCCUCACCACUUUGUUCCAAUAGCUGGGGACCUACCCCCAACCUGGCAAGGAAACAGCUAUCCAUACUUGGAAGGUAUUGUAGCAACUUGUGAUGGGCAAGUUGAACCAUACCCAGAAAGGGGUGACAACAUGGGUGCUGUGAUCCCUCCAACUACAAUGAAUGGAUCUAAGACAGUGUCUGGUUUGCAGGACUUUGAUGCAUUGCUCAUGUCAGAACUCACCGCUUGUCAUGGCUUUCAGCAGACGUCUGAUGCCUGUUCCAGUGUUUCCAAUGGAGAUAGUCACUCUGAUGGGUUCAGCACCAAGGACAGGGCCAUGGCAUGUGCCUCUGCACCUUAUGAGGAAGUUAUCAGGAGCAGUACCAACAAUGCCAUGGAUUCAACAGCACCAGUUGACCAGGAGUCCUGUAUGGUGUCAUCAGAUAAACUGUACCCAGAUGGUACUGUAGAUAGAGAACAGGCAGAUUAUUUACCUGCCUCUGCACCUUCAACAGAGAGUAGAAGUGAGGAAGCAGACCAGACAAAAGAGGGGACAUAUACGACAGAAAGCACCAUUAUUCCACCAUCAGAUGCUGUAACAACAACUACAUCUCUGUCUGCUGUGGAUGCAAGCGAUAUCAUGGAAAGACCCAGAAGCAACCCAGCUUCAGGAGGUAUUUCUUCAGGGGAGGACAGUGCAGACAACGAGCUUGAAGAAUUUUGCAUUCCGUGUAACUCCGUGUUGGGAGUAGCUAAUCAGCCUGUAAUUGCGUUAGCUGACAACAAACAAACAGAAAGCCUCUCCACAUUCGCCAACCCAACAUUUGUGACAUUGGAAAGAUCAAACACGUCAACAAAACCUGACUCUACAUCAGCAGCCAUGUCCCCAUUGUAUGAAAUUGUAGCCACAGAAGCAUGUCCAAUAGAGACUGUAAACUCAGCUUUUCCCACUGUCACAGCAUCUUCAGCAGAAGAAGCCCACCCAUAUCCUCAGCCAUGUCCAACAAAUGGAAGUUUACAGAAUGGACAUCAGAACCCCCCAGAGCAAGCUGCACUGGUGUCAUUAACAGGGGAUGUUGUAAUUGAAGGAGAGGUCCUAUCUGAUGAGCUUUCCCAAACUUCUGAUGAGUAUGCCUCCCCACUUCUAGACAACCUUAUGAACCUGGCUGAAGGCGAUCCUGACAACUCUUCGGUUUCAACAAAUGGAUCAGCUGGUUGUGCUGAAGAUGACUCAGGGAAAGGCUUACCUGGGGAGGAAUCCGAAAAGUGCAGUAGUUCUGGGAAGUGUGCUGCUUUGAUGACAGACAUGCCAGUAGAUCAUACAUAUGCAAAUGUGCACCACAUUACUGAUACUUCGGGCAAGCCUGGAGAAAAUGUGUUAGAAGAGGGUGCCAAACUCCAGGAUGGUUGCAUGGCUACAUGCAGUGUUGGAAGCUCCGGAGAGGAGGAAAAGAGUAGGCUUGGUACUGAAGGCAGAGAAUCAAACCCUAGCUUGUGUGAAAUGUUUGCAGCCGACAGUGUCAAUGACGCAGCCAAUACCUUAGAUCAGAACACAGAUACCCCAGGAAGGUUAUCUGAGAUAAGCAGUGAGCUGCAUACAGCAGGUGAUCACCCAGGCACAGGCACUUCCAGUCAUCCUAGUCAUCAUCAGGAGAAUCCACCUGACAGGCCCUCAAGUAUGGAAACUGGGAGUCUUGAACAGGUUGGAAGCCUCAAGGGGAUGGAAGAUCUACAGGAGGGCUUUGUGACAGGUCCAAAUAUGAAGGCAUGUGUGACACAUCCUAUGGAGCCAGAUGGGUCCUUCUGGACAAAGAACAUUCCUGUGGAGGACAACGAGUAUAAACUCAUGAUGGAUGAAAUGAGAGCUGAAGCACCACUUCUAGAGGCAGUGAUGGGAGCAGACAGCUGCAUCUUGGGGCUCCUUGUGUGUGCCGUGUCUGCUAAGGAAAACAUGUGGUACAGAGGGGAGAUUGAGAAGAAGUUCAACAAGACAGCCCUUGUGCGCUUUGUGGAUCUGGGCAAAGCAGAGGAGAUAGCUUAUGUCGACAUCAAGCCUCUUCCAAACAAGUACCAACGCAUAGAUUUCCAGGUGCAAAAGAAUUUCCUUGCUGGAGUGAAUACAGACCUGAGUGAGAAACAGGUGGAACUGUUCAACAAACUCACAGCCAAUGGGAGGACACUCUGGAGUCAGGUGACCUGUGUUCUCCCUUCUGGAGAACGUACUGUACGUUUAUGGGAAUUAGAUGGUGUUGAGCUUACCAUCAACCAACAAGUGGCCCAAACUCAGAAAGGCCUUCCCCUGACAGCAGAUCCUGGCAGCUUGAUAAGUGUUGUACAAAGAAGCAUGCCUGCUGUAAUGCCUGGUGCAGAUCGUUUGGACAGCUGUGUGUAUAACCAGCACGGCCGCGGCAGCACCACGCGAUUGCUCCACGUCCCAGGUUUCCAGCACGGCCAGUUCCACUCCUCACCUCCCCGCGACACACCUGCACACCUGGGGGCCGCCAACAUGGAGCCGAUGAGGUCCAAGUCAGCACCUCCAGGACCACAGGGAUAUCUGGAAAGCGCUUUCCCUGGGCAGCAAAGACGAGCUUCUGGGGAUCAGGCAUGGUGUCCAAGGCAUCUGAUGGGUUUGCUUGGCCCACAUCCUCUAACUUUUCAAGUACAUGAAGUCCCCUUUUGGAACCAGAGGGAGCAGGGAACAAGAGAGCAUCUAGUUCCACAGGCACAUAAAGAGCAACGACCCCAUCCUUAUCCUCGCCAAGAGAAGCCAAGUAGGAGUGACCAGCAGCACAUGGAGCGAAGGCCUGCACAGAAACAGUACAUCCCACCUCACCUGAGACACGGCUGGCAACAGAGACAACAGCAGAAUCCGACCAAGAGUCAGCAACACAAGCAACUGCAGCUCCCUGAAAAGGAAAGGCAACAAACGUGCCCUUUGGGAACCCCCUGCCCCAGGGAUCUAUCAACUGUGGGUGAAGGUUCACAGAUGAUAGCUGAGAACAAGGCUAUGACAUCAGGGUCAUCAGAAGACUGGGAUGAUGCCAUUGAUGACUGGACUGACGGCAAGACAGACAAGACACAGCAGGAGGUACAACCUUAAACCAACCUGGAUGAGU